GCUGGGCCGGAGCUGGAGCAGAGGCGGGGGGUGGCGUGGGCCGAGUGGGCCAAGCGCGCCUCUCUCAAAGGGAACCUCCCGUACGUGCAAUUGAACCGCCGCCCUCCAGCCAUUCCCUCCCCUCUCUGCUUUUUCCUUGUGUUGUCUUCCUUCACUAGAUUUGAAUCCGAGGCCUCCAUUUUUUUUCCUCCCUUGUCUUGUCUCGUACGCUACUCGCCAUCUCUCUCUCUCUCUCUCUCUCUCACUCUUGCGGUGGCAGGGGCAAAUAACAGAGUCGUUUCCGCUGUGUCUCUUUCCUGCGCUUUGUCUCUCAAGAGGAGGCUCGUCGCCAACAGUCGCAUGGAGUGUGUGUGAGGAUUCGCGUUAUCUGGUACAGUGAGCGUGUAAGGAGGGGGUUGUUGCAAGCGUUGUUCGGAGGACGGGAGUUUGAGAGCAUGGCUACCGGAGGUUACAGGAACGGCGCUUUGAGGGGACAGAUGAAGAUCGAUCGCCCCCUCUCCGUCAAUAAUGCCGCGAAGUCCGCCACCAAGUCCAGGCAGCCGCCCGCUGCCCUCCGGCGUAGUACCUCCGCUUCAAUCGCCUCCUCCAAGGACGACUCCGGCGUUCCGGGAAGAGUCAGAGUGGCUGUCCGGCUACGACCUCGCAAUGCAGAGGAGUUGGUUGCAGAUGCGGAUUUUGCAGACUGUGUGGAGCUGCAACCUGAGCUCAAAAGACUGAAGCUACGGAGGAACAACUGGGAUUCUGACACUUAUCAGUUUGAUGAAGUUUUUACCGAGUUUGCUUCACAGAAGCGUGUUUAUGAAGUUGUGGCGAAGCCUGUUGUGGAGAGUGUAAUGGAGGGUUACAAUGGAACAAUCAUGGCAUAUGGGCAGACCGGCACUGGAAAAACUUUCACUCUUGGGAGGCUUGGGGAGGAAGAUACUGCAGCUCGUGGUAUAAUGGUUCGUUCCAUGGAAGGCAUUCUUGCUGAUAUUUCCCCUGAGACUGAUUCUGUAUCAAUUUCCUACUUGCAGCUUUACAUGGAGACGAUCCAAGACCUCCUUGAUCCUGGCAAUGAUAAUAUCUCUAUCCUGGAAGAUCCAAAGACGGGUGACGUUUCAUUGCCUGGGGCUACUUUGGUAGAAGUAAAAGAUCAGCAAAGUUUUCUGGAGCUGCUGCGGUUAGGGGAAGCACAUAGAUUUGCAGCCAAUACUAAACUGAAUACUGAAUCUUCUCGUAGUCAUGCCAUUCUCAUGGUACAUAUUAAGAGGGCUGUCAGAGGAAGGCAUGACCAAGAAGGUUCUCUUCCUGGUGAAAAUGGUAAUAGUUCACUCGCACUCAAAGGUUUGCGGCCAAUGCUGGUUAGGAAAAGCAAGUUAGUUGUUGUAGAUUUGGCGGGUUCAGAACGCAUUGACAAGUCAGGAAGUGAGGGGCAUAACCUUGAAGAAGCAAAAUCAAUUAAUCUGUCAUUGAGUGCCUUGGGAAAGUGCAUUAAUGCACUUGCAGAAAAUAGUCCACAUGUACCUGUCCGAGAUUCAAAAUUAACAAGGCUUCUUCGAGAUUCAUUUGGAGGUACUGCAAGAACUUCCUUGGUUAUAACUAUAGGUCCAUCUCCACGACAUCGAGGAGAAACUGCAAGUACUAUAAUGUUUGGACAAAGAGCGAUGAAAGUAGAGAACAUGUUGAAGCUGAAGGAAGAAUUUGAUUACAAGAGUAUGUGCAGAAGGCUAGAAAUACAAUUGGACAAAAUCAUUGCCGAACAUGAGAGACAGCAGAAAGCUUUUGAAGACGAGGUUGAAAGAGUCAGUCUCGAGGCACAGACUCGUAUUGCUGAGAUUGAAAGUGAAUAUGCACAUGCCUUGGAGAAUGAGAAGCUAAAGUUUCAAAAGGAUUAUCUGGAUGCAAUUAGGAAGCUUGAAGAACAAUGUGUGAAGAAUCAACAAAAGUUAGCUGAUGAACGAGCUGGAAAUAAAUGUCUGGACAAAGCAUGCUCAAGCAAGGGAUCCUCAUCUUCUUUAUCUGAGGAAUUGGCCCACAUCAAGGAAUUGCUGCAGAAAGAAAGCCAACAAAGGCAUGCUGCAGAAGAAGAGGUCAAGGUCCUCAAAAAUCAGCUUCUUCCAUUGAGAAGGCCAGAGGUUGCUGAUAAUAAUGAGAUUUCAAUGCUACGGAAGAUGUUGGAAGAUGAAUCAAUUCAGAAGGAGAAACUUGAAGAAGAAAUUGCAAUGCUUAAGAAUCAAUUGUUGCAACUAAGUUUGGAAGCUGAUGAGACAAGGAGAAGUCUUGAUAGAGGAGCAGCUGGAAAAGUCCUUGCAGGAAUGGAUUCACUUAUGGCUGCAAUCAGGCGUCCCCAUGCAGAAGAAGCAGGAGAUGGCCAGAAAGCUUCAGUUGCCAAACUCUUUGAACAAGUUGGGUUGCAAAAGAUAUUAUCGCUGCUGGAGUCGGAAGAUGCAGACGUUCGUAUUCAUGCAGUUAAAGUGAUUGCGAACCUAGCGGCUGAAGAAUCAAACCAGCAGAAGAUUGUUGAAGCUGGCGGUCUGGCUUCUCUAUUGGCACUUCUUAGAAGUUCGGAGGAUGAGAUAAUACGGAGAGUAGCUGCUGGUGCAAUUGCCAACCUUGCAAUGAAUGAAACCAACCAAGAGUUGAUAAUGGCACAAGGGGGUAUUGGCUUGUUGUCACUGACAUCUGCUGAAGCAGAGGACCCUCAGACACUUCGGAUGGUUGCAGGAGCCAUUGCCAAUCUCUGUGGCAACGAUAAACUACAGACGAAGUUGCGGAGUGAAGGUGGGAUCAGGGCUUUACUUGGCAUGGUCAGAUGUGGACACCCCGAUGUUCUUGCUCAAGUUGCACGUGGUAUUGCAAAUUUUGCAAAGUGUGAGUCUAGAGCAGUUAGUCAAGGUAGUAAAACUGGGCGUUCACUUCUGAUUGACGACGGGGCUCUCCCAUGGAUUGUCCGUAAUGCAAAUAAUGAAGCAUCACCUAUAAGGCGCCACAUUGAGCUGGCAUUGUGUCAUUUGGCACAGCAUGAAGUGAAUGCCAAGGACUUAAUUGGUGGAGGCGCAUUGUACGAGCUGGUCCGCAUUGCUCGUAAUUGUUCACGGGAGGAUAUUAGGACGUUAGCACAUAGGACUCUUGUUUCGAGCCCCAUAUUCCAGACAGAACUUCGAAGGCUAAAGAUGGAAUGCUGAUGACACAGAAAUAGUGUGCAUGCAUAUAUGAUGAAACAGAAGGCCAGCUAUUACGAGAGCUCAGAUUUUUAUAGAGUGGUGCUCGCCAGUGGCUUUCCAUUCUUUUCCGUUUGAUUCCUGCCAUGCUUCCCGUGUCACAAUGAGCUUUUUGAUGCAAGCUGGUCGGGCAAUGAGUUUUUGGAUGGAGGCGGUAGAUUAUAGGGUGAGGGAAUGGAAGUUGAUGAAAAGCAUGGGAGCACGAAGGGGAUCGGUUGGUGGUGGGGAGUGUGGGGAAUGUGGUAUGCUGUUGCUGAAUGACUUGCUGUAGUAGGCGCUUACAUUUUUUGAGGGUGAAAUUAGAAUUUGAUUCUCCCUCCAGUUGGUCUUGAGAAAUGCGUUGUACAUGUAAAAACUAAAAGGGAUCUUUGUCAGUGUUGUAAGAAGUAACAGUUUGUAAAGGCAGUGAGAUGGGUGGACUAUGUUUUGGGUCUUGGCUGUUGCUGGGUACAGGAAAAUCGUGAGCAACAGUCUCUUUGUACGGAGAAGAACGACAAUAUAUAGAAAGUUCAUGAUAAAUGUAUCUCAAUGCUUGUCAUUCUUGUUC